UACAUUCAAAAUAUAAUAACGUAGUUUCCAUUGUGGUCUCGAAAUGGCGAGCUUUCGAAUUUGUGGAAUAUUACUUUUGUUAGGAGCAGCCCAGUUCUGCCAAUCUAUUGUCUUCGACGGAAUUUUACCUCUCGGUGAUGAUGGCCACUUACACGAUAUCAUCAGUAGACGUGAAAACGGGGCCACAAACUCAGAGGAAAACCAGGAAGUGACGACACAGUCAUGGCUGACAAUCCUGGAGAUCCGUCGAGAGUUUGAUUCUGGUCGAGUCAAGUUCAGUAUACGCUACAAGGCCCCUGGCGGCCUGAGGGUCACCGGGGUUUGGCAUGACCCACGAGAACCCAUGGCCUCCAAAAAAAUCAACACAACAACACCCUCAGACCAACCAGAGGCAGUUCUGGAGAGCCAAUUUGAAACAACGCCGAGAUCUGAUGAAAUCGUCACUUUGUUUCUGAAAACGAGCCUUGCAGGGUAUAACCUCAGACUUCAGAACGCCUUAUCUGGAGACAAGGUUCAGACGUCCGACUUCGCGAACAAACCGUUCCUCGUUUCACCAGCUGGAGAUAUUGUUUACGAGGCAGGAGAGGACACCGUUUUUCAAGUGACGCAUCCUCCGUAUUUGCCCUUUACUUCGUAUCGCUACGGCAGUGAACCACAUCUCAACGUGGACUUGAGUCUGGUGAAUUUGCAGACGGGAGUGUUCCAGGCAGGGUACCAAACGAAACCUGGUUUCCUUACUGUCAGAAGAGGGAUACCCACGCUGUACAAUCAGACUGAUACCAUGACGCUGAAGACAUCGGAGUUCCCAACUAGUGGCUUGAUGAGGUUUUACUUACUUACCCAGACUCAGAACCCUGAGGACCUCUUGACUGAAGCGCAGGUGGGCGUUAAGAAAAUUCUGCGACCUUCCUCUCAAGGCGGCCCAUUCCCAUCUGGAUAUAUCUCAAUUUUGGACAGUGAGCAGUUGGCUGGUCGCACCACCGAGGAGGAAGACACCACGUUCUGUAGAGUCGGCGGUUUCAGAUGCCAAAUCUUUUGCUAUGCUGUGGGUACAGGGCUAGCCAACAUCUCCCUUGGACGGCUGGACGAAGACGGAGAGAUAAUGCAAGAGAAGAUUGGACGGUCGAGAUCCGAUGCACGAUCAAGGCAGACCCUCAGCCGAGCGUCAACAUGAGCGUGAGCAGAGAGACCGGGUCAAGUCCUUACUUGAGGCCGCCCAUCGCUACCCAAGUGCGUCAAGACGUAUGGGCGUAUUCUGUCUUUGUGACGUACGGUGAUGACGUGAAGGGCAAUGUCACGGGCGGGUAUUGCACGGGAGCCCAGAAAAAGGGAAAGAACCCAAACCUUACUGCCUAUUACUUGAAUUAUUUGUGGCUUCGUGACGAACGUAAUCCUCUCUAACUAAAGCGUUAGCAAUAACGAAAAAUCUGGCAAGGGAUAAAAGCUGAUUUGUAAUUUAAAAAAUACUGAUAAUAAUGACGAUGAGGAUAAUAAUAAUAAUAAUAACAACAACAACAACAAUAAUAAUAACAAAAACAAAAAUAAUAAAUAAAUAGAAAUAGAAUAGUAGAUAAAGCCAUUGAUUUCUCACGUAAUUUAACGAUUGAGUUUUCACAGAUUAAUUUAGAUCAAACGAAUGAUCACUAUGAUUAUAUGAGUGUUUGAUUUCUCCAAAUAAAUACACAUUUUUAAAAAUGUAUUCGAACAAUAUUAUAGUAUGCUUGGAAAAGGCCCAAAGCUAUAUGAGUGCAAUUCAGAGGAAAUAACUCUCUGUUAACUUCUAUCUCUGAGGUAAUGUUAGGCUUUUUGUACAAUGGAGAACACAAAUUUCUAUAAAAAGAAAUGCAUCGACCAAAUGAUGGUUCUUUAGCGCUGGACAAAAGCCAAACUGGCCAUAGUAAAGAGCGAAAGGAGAGUAAAAAAGUGGGAUCUACAAGUGGUGCUUUUGGGUACCGACGGAGAAAAAUACCUGUUGAUCAAUUCUAAACGUUUAAAAUUUUAUUUAACGUCCGUCACUGAUCGUGAUAAAUAAGGUGUACAGAGGGUAUUGAUCUAAUUGUGUGAAGUGUAGUUCUGUGACACCACUACCUACACCGUUUGGUCAAGAAUACACCACGAAGUUGUUUGGAUUUUAGCAACCGUCGUAAUUGCCUUACAUUUAGAGUGUAGGCAAAUAUUUUCGUAGAAUUUAUUAAUAAGCAUAUUGAAUGUAUUCCAAUUCAAGCAAUGUUCUAGAACAGUGUCUCCAUCGUCGGUCCUAAACCUGCAUGUUAUUCCCUGAUCCUUUCUGUCUAACGAAAGCUAUAAUUUUCUUCGGUGAAUAAAGUAAAGUGAAAUGAAAA